ACGCUUUGCGUGACCCAGCGGCGUGAGGUUUGUCCACGAUGGCGGUGGUCGUCAGAUCUUUGCAGGAUCAAAUCAGUAAAGCCAAAGAAAACCUGAAAGGCGUCGAUGAAAACAUUAAAAAGUUGAUCGGCAGGGACCCCAGCGAUGCCAGGCCUGGUGCGGUGGGUGGCCCGGGAAGGAGAGUGUCCCUGGGAGGAGCUGGUCCCGGAGUCGGCCGCGGCCGUGGAGCGGGAUUCAGGCGGGAGUCCGAGGACUGGGGUGAGGGGCCGGCGGUCAAGCGCCGAGGAGAAAUCGGACUGGGCGCCAGGGACCGGCGAGUGGUGACGUACCGCGGGCGCGGCCGCGGGCGAGGACGGAGGGACGAAGAGGACGAUGAAGAUGAACUUCCUCACAAGCCGUCCCUAGCGUCCUCCGUGAUCCCCACCCCAACCGCCAAAAUGACGCGUAAGGACUCCAUCGACCAGCUGAACAAGGACGAGCAGAGCAAGAAGAGGAACAGGAGAAUGUUUGGGAUGUUGAUGGGGACUCUACAGAGGUUCCGCACAGAGGAGGUGUCAAAACAGCAGCAGGACAAGGAGCGGCGGCGCUCGGAGAUCGAUAAGAAGCUGGAGGAGAAGGUUGAGGAGGAGAAGAAGGCUGCGGCCGCCGAGAGACAGGUUCUCUUCAAGGAGCGUCGCGCCAAGCAGGCGGAACUCAGGAAACUGGAGUACAAGCUGGAGCUCGCACAACUGCAGGAGGAGUGGGACCGACACAACGCUCACCUGAUGCAGUUUAUCCAGGUCAAGGCGUCUCCCGCCCUCUUCUGGUGCCCCAAGAAGCACAGCAAGGAAACCUUACAGCUGCUCAAGGACUCACAGGAUAGGUUAAAAAAGGUAUUCGAUAAGCGUAGGAAAGAUCUGGAGGAAGAGAUCAGUGUGAUGGAGGUAACGACUGAGUCAGGUAAAAGCCAGGGGGGUGCGGAACCCCGGGAGGGGGUGUGGAGGCCGGGGAGGGGGGUGUGGAGGCCGGGGAGGGGGUCCAGAAGCUGGGCAGGGGGGUGCGGAAGGGAAGGGGGCAGCCCCAAACGUGCAGGACCUGGACGACCUUCCCGAGGACACUGGGAUAGAAAUCGGGGAGGAGGAGAUGGACACGGGUGUGGCAAAGGAUGAUGGGAAGGAACUGGUGCAUGAUGGGAAGGAACCAGAGGAUGCUGGGAAGUUGCAUGAUGGGAAGAGCAGAGGUGAGGAGGGCCAGGGCAGAAGUAGGAAGGAGUCUGGGAGGGAG